AUGACGGAAGAAGACGCGCGCGUAGAAUCGUAUCGGGUGCCUAAGAUUCCGCCCUUCUGGCGACAGGCCCCGGAAGAUUGGUCUUUGCGUGUUGAAGCGUCGUUUAGAAACACGAAUAUAACCGUCGAUAGUACUAAAGUCGAUCACCUUAUCGUUAGCCUCGAUCCCGAGGUCAUCUCGCAUAUCCGAGAUUUGAUUACGGCGGAACCACCGCCCGAUAACCUGUACAAAGCGCUCAGAGACAGGAUUCUCGCGACGUUCGCGGUCUCACCGGAGGCCCGAUUACGGCAAUUGCUGAAGGGUCAGGUUCUGGGAGAUCGGAGGCCCUCUCACUUAUUAAGUCAGAUGAAUCAGCUCAACGGUGGGCAAUGCAGUCCUGCCGUAUUAAGAUCUCUCUUUAUUGAGUUGUUACCCGACACGCAUAAAGCCAUUUUGGUUGCAACUAACGAACCUGAUCUGCAAAAAUUAGCAGAAAUCGCGGAUAAACUCGCGGAUAUCAACGGUCCCAGUUCCGCAGUCGCCUUGGUCGCGCCGAAAGAAUCCAAAGGCACUCGUCCUAAAGCUUCUUUGAGCGCUGACGAGCGGAUCGAUAAACUUACUAAGCAGAUCCAGUCUCUGAGCACUUCGGUCGCGAAAUUGCGCCGUGACCGUUCAACAUCCCGUAAGCGUAUUAACACUAAGCAUGGUGAUGAGGCAGAUAAGCCCGACGUUAAGGCAGGCUACUGUUUCAUUCACCCGAACAAUACUUUGAUAGAUACGUUCGGCGAGCGUCGUCUUACUUUAGAUCUAGGCUUGCGGCGUCCCAUAACAUGGACUUUUCGCGUAGCGAAUGUGCUUUUCGCAAUCCUCGGUGCAGACGUGUUGACACAUUACAAAUUGAUUGUCAACCUGCACAAACGUCGUCUAGUGGACAACGUGACUUCCUUAUCAUCGUCCGGACAAAUUUUAGCGGUUCCGGAAAUUAAAAUAUCGAUAAUCAGUAACGACAAUAAAUUUGCGGACAUCUUGUCGGGUUUCCCCGAGGUUACCGGUCGCGGUCAGGCACUUUCACCUGCCGCAUGUGCUGUCGAACAUCACAUUUCGACUAACGGUCCUCCCGUCGCGGAAAGGCCACGCCGGCUACCCCCCGAUAAGUUGAAGGCAGCGAAGGCUGAAAUUAUGAGGCUGUCUGAAUUAGGCAUCUGUAGGCCGUCCAGCAGUCCUUGGGCUAGUUCAAUCCACCUCGUCCGCAAAGGUAACGGCGAUUGGCGGUUGUGCGGUGAUUACCGUCGCUUAAAUGCCGUCACGAUACCGGAUAAAUAUCCGAUACCGUACUUGCACGACUUUACCUCAAAUUUAUUAGGUAAGUCGAUCUUUACCUCCCUUGAUCUCUUCAAGGCCUACCACCAGAUUCCUAUGGCAAAAGCGGACAUACCAAAGACGGCCGUCAUAACGCCGUUCGGGUUGUUCGAAUUCGUCUCCAUGACAUUCGGUCUGCGGAAUGCCGCUCAGACCUUUCAGCGGUAUAUUCAUUACGCCUUACGGGAUCUCAACUUUGCAUUUGCUUAUAUAGAUGAUAUUCUUAUCGCGUCCUCUUCUAUGGAGGAGCAUAGGAAACAUCUAAGCAUUGUCUUCCAAAAACUCAAGGAAUUCGGGUUAGUCUUUAACCCAUCCAAAUGCGUGUUCGGUGUAGAGGAGUUGACUUUCCUCGGUCAUCGCGUAAAUAAAUUCGGUCUUAAACCCUCUCCGGACAAAGUGGCUGCUAUUCGGGAUAUCCCGAAGCCAAAGACCGUAGCGGAACUACGUCGUUUUUUAGGCGCGCUGAAUUUUUAUAGGCGCAGCCUUCGACAUGCCGCUCGCGUUCAAGCCCCGCUACACGCAUAUUUAACUGACUCGCGUAAAAAUGAUAAACGCGAAAUACAAUGGACGCUCGAGGCCGAAACCGCGUUCGACAAGGCCAAAAACGACCUUGCUAAUGCCAC